AAAUUAAAGUUAUAUAUCUGUAUAUUCUAUUUUCUGAAAUAUAUAUAUAUAUAUGUGUCAAAGGUGAAUAUUUGAUCACUAUUUCAAUUAGUAUCACCAUUUGUUCGUCAGUUAAGUGAACUAUAUUUAUUUAUUUAUUCAAGUCCAUUGUAAUCUUCACUUUUAUAAGGAAUAUAAUCACCAUUUAGUGAGUCAUAAGACGUCUUUUCCUCGGAGUGAAUUAUACCAAUCAUGAGUUACAAUAGAAUAACAAACCUAUCAUUACGUCAAGCUUACAAGCAAGACUUUGUCAAGAGAAGUUUAAAUGGUGUUAAACUUAAUCAAACUUCGAUAAGGAGGUUGAAUCUCAAAUCAAAUCCACAAUCUUCAAGACAAUCAGUAAUAACAACAAAACCAUACGGCUGGAACAUACAAAGACAGUUUUCUAUAACUUCUAAAUUAUCAAGGGAAACCCCAUCCAGUAAGCUUUCCGAGGAAGAUCAAGCCAUACUUUCCGAAGAGAGAGCAGUCGAUUCAGUUGAUGUUUGUAUUGUUGGUGGGGGACCUGCUGGGUUAGCCACCGCUAUAAAAUUAAAACAAUUGGAUAAUGAACAUGGUAAUGGUGAAUUAAGAGUGAUUGUAUUAGAGAAGGCGGGAGAUUUUGGAUCUCAUAUCGUGAGUGGAGCUGUUCUUGAACCAAAGCCAUUCCUUGAAUUGUUUCCAAAUAGUGAAUUAACUAAAGAAUCAGGUGGUAUACCAUUACCAAAAGAUAUGGUUACAAAAGUAACUCGAGAUUCAAUGAAGUUCUUAACCAAAAACAGUGCAUUCCCCUUGCCUGAACCACCUCAAAUGGCAAAUAAGAAUAAAAACUUCAUUGCUUCCUUAAAUAAUGUGGUGAAAUAUCUUUCCGAACAAGCUGAAGAAGUUGGAGUUGAAUUAUAUCCUGGUAUCUCAGUAAGUGAAUUGAUCUAUAAUGAAACCGGUGAUGCUAUUAAAGGUGUAGCAACCAAUGAUUUAGGUAUUUCCAAAGAUGGAACUCCAAAGAGUUCCUUCGAGAGAGGUAUGGAAUUCCAUUCUAGAGUUACUGUAUUUGCCGAAGGUUGUCAUGGUUCAUUAUCCAAACAAGUUAUCAGUAAAUUCAAUUUAAGAGAAAACAGUUUCCCUCAAACCUAUGGAUUAGGUAUAAAGGAAAUUUGGGAAGUCUUACCUGAAAAUUUCGAAAAGGGUUUAGUAGCUCAUUCUAUUGGAUUCCCAUUAUCUUCAGAUGAAUAUGGUGGUGGGUUCAUGUAUCAUUUUGGUGAUGGUUUAGUUGCCGUUGGGUUAGUUAUUGGAUUAGAUUAUAAAAAUCCAUACAUUUCACCAUAUCAAGAAUUCCAAAAGAUGAAGACUCAUCCAUUCUAUUCAAAUACUCUUGAUGGUGGUAAAUGUAUUUCAUACGCUGCUAGAGCUUUGAAUGAAGGUGGUGCUCAAUCCAUUCCAAAAUUACAUUUCCCAGGUGGUAUUUUAGUCGGAUGUAGUGCUGGUUUCAUGAAUGUUCCUAAAAUUAAAGGUACUCAUACCGCUAUGAAAUCAGGUAUGGUAGCCGCUGAACAAAUCUUUGAAACUAUUAAAGAAUUAGAUGCCGUUGAUGAAGAAACUUUUAAUGAUGCAGAAUAUAACCCAAUUGAUUUACAAUCUUAUGAAGUUGCAUUCAGAGAAUCUUGGGCUUAUAAAGAAUUAUAUGCUGUCAGAAAUGUCCGUCCUUCUUUCACUACGCAAUUAGGUCUUCUUGGUGGUUUAGCUCAUGCUGGUAUGACCACUAUGUUAACAUUCGGUCAUGAACCAUGGACGUUUGGUCAUCAUCAAACUGAUGCAUCCAAAACCAAACCAGCUAGUGAAUUCAAGCCAAUUGAUUAUCCAAAACCAGAUGGAAAAUUAACAUUUGAUAUCUUAACUUCAGUUUCAAGAACAGGUACUUAUCAUGACGAAGAUGAAAAAUGUCAUCUAAGAAUCCCAGGUCAAGAUCAAAGAAGACAUGCUGCUCGUAAUUAUCCCCAAUAUAAAGGUAUAGAACAAAGAUUCUGUCCAGCUGGAGUUUACGAAUAUAUCGAAGAUGAUAAAGAAGAAUUAGGGGUCAAAUUCCAAAUUAAUAGUCAAAAUUGUAUACAUUGUAAGACUUGUGAUAUUAAAGUCCCAUCGCAAGAUAUUACGUGGACCGUGCCUGAAGGAGGUGAUGGUCCAAAGUAUUAUAUGACCUAAUCAUAGUAUUUUUUUGUAUAUAGCUAAUAAAAGACUAAAAAAAAAGAGUAAUAAAUAUACUUU